AUGCCCCGCAAACAAACCCAGUUGCGCGGUCCACGAGACCAAUCUUCUAAAAAGCAACCUCAAAAGAAAAAGUCUAGCAAAGCUUUGAAUGCUCUUGCUAUCGCAGAGGCCCAAUUUCCCAUCAAACCAAAGAUUCGACGAAACCGUUUAGGCGAUGAUGAUGAUUUAUUCAAGCGGAAGCGGCAUUCCGGUCGCGACAUGGACGAUUCAGACGAGCCCGAUAACAAGCGUCGUCGGACAGGUGACGAGUCAUCCGAUUUAAGUGAAAACGGCGGCAGUGACGGGGAAGGCCAUAAGUGGAGGAUUGGGGAAGUCGAUAGUGACAAUGAUAGCGAGCUGGACAGUGAUGAGGCCAUGGGCUCUAGUGACGAGGAAAGAUUUGAAGGCUUCAGUUUCCGGGGAAGUUCUUCGGCUAAACCGAAGCGAAAGGCCCCCGAACCAAAGAAACGUGGUCGCCAGAUUAACUUGUCCGAAGAUGUAGAAGAAUCCGAAGAUGACGAAAUAGACGAAGAGGAAGAUGAUCUUGGUGAAGAUGCAGUGGAUUUGACUACAGCUUGGGAUAUGAAUACAGCAGAAGAGGAAGAAGCAGAAAAGCGGAAUUCCUCGAAGGCGAAGAGAGCAGCCGAGGAAUCUGAUGAUAAUGACCACUCAGAGGAAAGCGAUUCCGAAAGUGACGAGGACGACGACGAUAGCAGUUUCGGUGAUGAGAGCGAGCUGGAGCUCUCUGACAACGAGGACACUGGUAAUGAACACGGUCUUUCGAAACUGCAAGAUUUUGUCAACUCUAUGGGGACAGAGUCUGCUAAGAAGUCAGCGCGCAAAACAAACGGCGGGCAGGAACAUCGCAAUCCAACGGAAUUCGGAUUGUCGUCUACACGGAAGUUGACUGUGGCCGACCUUUUGCCCUCUAUUACAGACUCGCGCUUGAAGAGCUCCCUGAAACAUGUGGAUUCCGAUAUUUCUAUACACAAAUCGUCCGGCGUUCCUGGAAAAUUAGAUGCUCCUCUUGCAAAGCGUCAACAAGACCGGCUGGACCGAGCUGCCGCGUAUGAGAAGAGCAAGGAAACCUUGGAUCGCUGGCUAGACACUGUUAAGGCAAAUCGCAGGGCGGAACACCUUAUGUUUCCCCUUCCCGAUCCUGAAGGCAAUCAGACGCACCGCCUAGGUGCCGCAGAGCCCCGAACGGAUCUCGAAAGCACUAUCCAAAAUAUUCUAGUUGAGAGCGGUUUGGCAGAAGCCAACGGCAAAUCAGCUGAAGACCAGGUACAGGAAUUCGAAGAACUACAAGCGCGAAAACUGCCUAUUGAGGAGAUUCGGGCGCGCCGAGCAGAGCUGCGGAAACGACGUGAUCUGCUUUUCCGAGAAGAAGUGCGAGCCAAACGGAUCAAGAAGAUCAAGAGCAAGUCAUACCGUCGUGUGCAUCGGAAAGAGCGAGAGAAGUUGGAGCAACAGGAAAGGCAGGCCCUUCUCGAGGCUGGUGUGGACAUUGAUGAACAAGAGCGAGAGCAAAACGAACGGCGCAGAGCAGAGGCGAGAAUGGGCUCAAAACAUAAGGAGAGCAAAUGGGCUAAGAGCCUCAAGCAGACGGGUCGGACUGCAUGGGAUGAGGAAGCCCGACUUGGUACAGCUGACUUGGCCUUGAAGGAGGAGGAGCUACGGCGACGAAUCGAAGGAAAGCGUAUAUCGCAUGGGGACGAAGACUAUCUGGGUUCGUCCAGUUCAGAAUCUGAGGAUGAUGAUCCUUGGAACGAAGAAAAUAGCUCUGAUGCAGAGAAGCGCAAACUUCGUGAGAAGCUAGAUAAGCUUGAACAUGGCAGUGACGUCGAAUCAGAAAUGAAGGGUCCUCACUCCAAGCUGCUUUCGAUGAAAUUCAUGCAGAACGCGGAGGCUGCGCGCAAAGCGCAGAACGACGCUGAAAUCCGACGUCUCAAUCGUGAACUCCAUGGAGAAGAAUCCCAGUCAGAAGCCGAGUCUGAGGUUGGCCGACGUAAAUUUGGUCAUUCUAAGGAUUCGAAGUCGGCCACAGUGAGCAAAUCAUUUUCUCACGCUCGUAAUGAGUUCGAAGAGGCCCCUGGAUCAGAUGAUGAAGAUGUUCGAGCUCCCGAGGUAGAACAUGAUGUUGACAUUGUAGUCAACCGGCCUGACAAGAGAAACCCGGCAGGGUCUGAUAAGAGGUCUCGCACACGUGGUAUAUCUGGGUCAUCCAGCCAGAAAGAAGAUGUUGCUGAAGAUGAAAACCCCUGGUUGAUUCAGACGAGUAGGAACAACCGUCGAACAACGGCGGAUGAUUCACAGCAAGGGCUUGACAUCACUGUCGAUGGAGGGAAGCCUGAUAACACAAAGUCCAAGUCCAUACCCAACAAUCAGAAAGAGAAGCCGGCCAUACCUCCCAAAAAGCAACAUAUGGACGAGGGCGAUGAUAGUGAUGAUGACGGCAACGUGCCCGUGCUUCUCAAGAACCAUGACCUCGUUAAGAGAGCAUUUGCUGGGGAUGAGGUUGUGCAAGACUUUGAACAAGAGAAAAAUGACACUAUCAAGGAGGAAGAUGACCAAGUGAUUGAUAAUACCUUGCCAGGUUGGGGCAAUUGGGCGGGUGAUGGCAUCAGUAAAAAGCAGCAGAAGCGACAGAAACGAUUCCUUACCACUGUUGAGGGUGUGAAGCCUGAGAACAGAAAAGACGCCAAACUCUCCCGCGUCAUAAUCAACGAGAAACGGGUCAAGAAGAACAACAAAUAUUUGGCCACUCAGCUCCCUCACCCCUUCGAGUCCAGACAACAGUACGAGAGAUCUCUCCGUCUGCCGAUUGGCCCCGAGUGGUCGACGAAGGAAACUUUACAGAACGCAACCAAGCCUCAAACGGUACAUUCAGCCCCAACAUCUACGCAAGAAGCGGCCACUUCCUUCAAGACUCAGUACCCUCCGUCUGCUGCAAACGCCAGAUUACUGCUGCCCGAGACGCAAGGUUUCUACCCAACCAGCCUUGAGCGAGAAGGCCGUCAAUUGCAGAAGCCCACUCCGGAUCCUAGGGAGGACCCCUAUAGAUUCGCCAGUGGUUUUGACGACUUAUAUGGCCCUUUGCUAGGAGCAUUAAUUCCCAACAUAUUACCCACUACUUCAGACGCACCUGCUACCCCUCCAGCAACGACACCUGUGCCAUCUGCCACAUUACCUUCGCAGGAAACAAUAAACGGGCCUCCAGAGGCGACUUCAACCCCUACUACUGCUCCAACUCGCAUCUCAGUUCCCGUACCUACAGAUUCGAGUAGCACAAGUAGCCUCACGAGUCACUCAGCUGAGCCUCAAGAUACUUCUACCUCCGUUGAGUCAAUCUCAGCAAGCAGCACAAUCAUGGCGACAAUGGCCAACGGUCAAGAUGUGUUUCUGCCACUAUCUACCGGCCCAAUUCCCGGAACAGUGAAGUCACGGAAUGACCACCCACUCCCAAGGGCGUCUAUAAUGAACAACACGGACCCAAUUGAAACAAACAAGUUCUAUGCCGGAUUGUUCCUAGGAACUCAAACCAAUACAACCUUCACACAUCCAUAUGGGAUUGCGUGGGCAAAAGGGAACGGAAAUGCGAAAAGCUACGGCAUGGCUAUCUCGCAUAUUGAGGCAGAUAAGCUUGCUUUGGGGCCGAAAAACGACAAAAUACCAGGCAGCCCAGUUCAAUAUUACGUGAACCCUAUUGGUAUCCAGUCUAUUAUAUUAUCGGCAACGGAACUGGGGGGCUCUACUGUGCUUAUGACAGAGAACCCUCUGCCAUUCUCGGCGAACGCUGUCUUGCAACCCCAAAGUGGAUCAUCCGAAAGGAUCACUUUUCCCGUGGUACAGGGCAUGGGGUUUGUCACCGGGAUAUAUUCCAACCUUCAGCCCGUCAUUCAAAGCAGUGUUUUCUUCAACAAAGUAGUCUCUGCUGGCUCUCCAAGGCCUGGUAUUUUCAAAUAUACCGUGGACCUUGCAGAUGGGACCAAUUGGCUUCUUUACCUAACUUCAGCUGAUGGGAAAGAUCCAAAUCUCCAUCUCGAGUCCACUACCAACCUGCGUGGGCCUCCUGGCUGGUCAGGAACAGUGCAAGUGGCCAAAAACCCGGCAGGUACGCUGGGAGAGAAACUAUUCGACAAUUCAUCGGGUGUCUAUGCCACACAAGGUUGGGUGAAAGGUGCUGUGUCCGGUCAGAUGGGCACAUACAGCCUCACGUGGGAGAAGGAGGGCAAGGAUAAAGACGGUACCCCAUUGAUGAUGUAUGCUCUGCCGCACCACGUCGAAUCAUUUGAUAAAACUACCCAGGACCGCCUGACAAAUAUCACGAUGCGCACAACCACAAAGGGCAAUGCAACAGCAGUGAUCGGGGAAUCUUGGUCAAUGGUGGAACAAGAUCUACCUAUUGGUAUGGGAUUUGCUCCGUGGUCUGUGUCCGCCGGCAGCGUCGACACAAUUUCUGCAGCGGCCCAAAAGGUUAUCAUAGAUGUGGCACCAACAGAGCUCCGGCAGGAUGUCGGCAAUCAGUCCAACCUGAAUAGCAUGUACUUCAGCGGUAAAGCUCUCAGCAAAUUCGCUACCCUCGUAUACGCCGUGGACAAACUGGGUGGCAAGCCCGACCUUGCAGCCCCUGCUCUCCAGGACCUAAAGACAGCCUUCGCUCGGUUUAUCGAUAACAAGCAGCAAUUUCCCCUAGUGUACGACAAUGUAUGGAAAGGAGUAGUGUCUUCUGCUAGUUAUGAUGGUGGUGAUUCCGGGGCUGAUUUCGGAAACACAUAUUACAAUGAUCACCAUUUUCACUACGGCUAUUUCAUCCAUGCCGCUGCAAUUAUCGGGUCACUCGAUCCAUCUUGGAUCCAAGGCAACAAAGAAUGGGUCAAUAUGCUUGUCCGUGAUGCAGGAAAUGCCGCUACCAAUGAUCCACUUUUCCCCUUUUCGCGCGGGUUCGACUGGUUCCACGGUCAUUCAUGGGCUAAAGGGCUUUUUGAAUCCUUCGACGGGAAAGACGAAGAGUCGACAUCGGAAGAUGCGAUGUUUGCUUAUUCUCUAAAGAUGUGGGGUAAGACUAUCGGGGAUGCCAGUAUGGAAGCAAGAGGGAACUUGAUGCUGGGGAUUUUGAGACGGAGCCUACAUAAUUAUUUCCUGAUGGAGGCCGACAACAAGAAUCAACCCCCGGUCUUUAUUCCUAAUAAAGUGACGGGCAUAUUGUUCGAAAACAAGGUAGACCACACUACCUACUUUGGAGCCAACCUAGAAUAUGUUCACGGGAUUCACAUGCUGCCGCUCUUACCUGUCUCGUCAUAUGCGCGUAGCCAAAAGUUCGUCAAGGAAGAGUGGGAUGCCAUUUUUGCAACCAAUGCUGCGUCUCCGGCCGAAAAUGUGCAAGGUGGAUGGAAAGGGGUCUUGUAUGCCAACCUUGCCCUUAUCGAUCCAGUUUCAGCCUGGAACUUCUUCGCACAACCGAACUUUGACUAUAGCGCGAUCGAUGGAGGAGCAACACGGACUUGGUACCUUGCGCUUGCUGCAGGACUCGGCGGCGCAUAG